AUGGAUAAGGAUUUACAACGAUCUUUGGAUCUGUUGAAAGAGAACGAAGAACAAGUACGAAACGACGCUGAAAGUGCAUUGUUAACUAUCUGUCAGAACAUUCUGUCGCAUCCAAAUGACAAACAGUAUCGUAAAGUACGACUCGAUGAUCCUAUGGUCAUUACAAAAUUGCUCCCUGCUCUUGGAGCCAUAGAAUGUUUGUUCGAUAUUGGUUUCGUCGAGGCAGAUGAACAUCUUUCUUUGCCACAAGAAACACCACUUGCUAAAUUACAAGCUCUACAAAGUUCACUUAGCAAAAACACUUUUCCCAAAACAAGUGUCACUGGGAAUGCAGCAUUGCAUAACUUGAUACCUGUGACAUCCACAGUGUAUGAGAGACACUUCUUCACAAGAAUAAUAAGUUUCUUCGAAACAGUUUUGAGAUAUGAGGAUGGAAGCCUGCAGGAGAAAGCUAGAAAAGUAAUACCAAUUGAAGAGCUUGAGAUUGCUACUAUGACAAGGAUCAGGCAACUGCAUAAACAUAUUAAAAUGAAACAGAGUUGUCCAGAUAGAGCUACUAAAAGUCAGUACACUGAUGUUGAUGUAGAUGAUGCAAGGGACUUGUUUCUCAUGGAGUUGUUGCAUUGGUUUAAGUAUAAAUUUUUCACAUGGGUAGACAAACCAAAGUGUACCAGAUGUUUCUCAGAAUGUAGAAGUCUGAAGACAGUACCUUGUGAUGAUCCUAAGUGUUCUCAAGUAGAAAUAUACAGAUGUACUAAAUGUGCAAAGCGUGUGAAAUUCCAUCGUUAUUCCGACCCAGAACCGUUGUUAACUCUAAGACGUGGACGGUGUGGAGAAUGGGCUAAUGUCUUCACACUGUUAUGUAGAUCACUAGGAUAUGAUGCAAGAUAUAUACAUGAUCAUACAGAUCAUGUUUGGACAGAGGUAUGGUCCAUACAUGAAAAGAGAUGGAUUCAUCUAGAUCCAUGUGAAGACAUCAUGGACAGGCCAUUGAUGUAUGAAAAGGGUUGGAAAAAGAAACUGUCCUACGUAUUAGCUUUUUCAAAGGACGAAAUACAGGACGUUACUUGGCGGUAUACUCGUGAUCAACAAGCAGUGAUGAAAAGAAGAGAUGUUUGUUCUGAGACUAAAUUGUUACAGUUUAUCGAAUCAUGGAAUAAAUAUCACCAAUCCUCUCCUAACUAUAGUGCCUCCCGUAGGCAGUAUGUGAUAAAAAGAAGACUGUUAGAACUCGCGGAAUUGAUAUACGUGCCCAACAAAUAUAACUUUGACGAUGAUGGCAAUUAUCAAGGGCGGAUCUCCGGUUCCAACGAAUGGAAAUUGGCACGAGGAGAAAUUUGUGAGGCAAAUGCAACCACGGACUAUUCUUGGGAUAUUUCAAAAUAUAGAGACGCAUUUCAUUUGCACUAUUCCAUCGUUAAUGAUGCGUAUACGGUGACAGAUAACGAUGAUAAAGUAUUAAUGUAUUUAUCCGGUUGGCAGAACGGUGUAAACGAAGCACAAGGUGGAAUGUUCCGUAAAAAUGAGUACGAUUGGAUGGUAGUCUACUUAGCUCGCUCACCAGGAAGCAAUUCUGGUAAAGUAAAAUGGCAUUUCGUAGUAUCAAAUUCAAAUUUAUGCGUGAAAACGUUCGAUUUACGCGCUACCGUAAAAGUAUUUCAAAACGCUAAUGUAUCGUGGGAGGUGGAAGGGUUCUUCGACAAUGCGAAUCAAAAUAAAUCCGUAGUUUUAACUAUUAACGAUUGUUCUAAUUAUCAUACGGACCAAUUGAAAGGAUCGUUAAAAUUAAUUCUCACAGCGUCUGUUUCCGGUGGAGAAGGCGAUUGCGCAUGGCAACACGCGCAGCUUUUUCGACAAAGUUUAGAGAACAAAAACGAUCGAUCGUUAUCAAUCGAUGUUCAAUUAGAGAAUCGGUAAUUCUAGUAUUAAUUUAUACGAUCUCAUCGGAAUACUCGAUGUUUGAUAACAAUACUUUGCCAUGCUUAUACGUAUUUUAAUAACGUUUUCUUUUAAAUUGAAAGUAGUAUGA